CGCCCCUCCUCGACGCAUUCACCGGGACGCCGCGAGAACGCCAACAUGACCGCCAAGGCCACCAGCGACGCCGAGCACGCCGUCGACCUGACCGCGCGCGGCGGCGACACCCUGACGGACAAGGGCGGCGGCGAGCACCACGCCGUCAAACACCCCACCUCGUACUUCGACACGCUGGUGCACCUGGUGAAGGGCAGCGUGGGCUCGGGGAUGUUCGCCAUGGGGGACGCGUUCCGCAACGCCGGGCUGCUGGCCGCGCUGCCGCUCACCCUGCUCGUCGGCACGGCCUGCGUCUAUGCGCAGCACCAGCUGAUCACCACGGCCGAGGUGCUGUCGCUGCGGCUGGGCAUGAAGCACCCCCCGGACUACGCCGAGACGGCCGAGCUCACGUUCCGCGCGGGGCCGGGCUACUUCCCGCGGGUGGCGACCAUCGCCCGCAGGCUGGUCAACCUGUUCAUCAUCAUGACCCAGCUGGGCUUCUGCUGCGUGUACUUCGUGUUCGUGGCCACCAACAUUCGGCAGGUCCUGAACCAGCACAUCGUGGCCAUCGACGUGCACGCGUACAUGGCGAUGGCGCUCGUGCCCAUGCUGCUGCUCAGCCUGGUGCGGAACCUCAAGUACCUGGCGCCCGUGUCGCUCGCCUCCAACGUCGUCAUGUGCGCGGGCGUCGCGGUGACGCUGUACGAGUGCGCCAAGGACGGGCUGCCGCCGCUGUCGGAGCGCCGCCUGGUGGCCGAGUGGCAGCGCUGGCCGCUCUUCUUCGGCACCGUCGUCUACAGCUUCGAGUCCAUCUGCAUCGUGAUGCCCCUGCGGAACGAGAUGAAGAACCCGCGCGACUUCUCGCGGCCGCUGGGCGUCAUGAACGUCGGCUCCGUGUUCAUCGGCGUGCUGCUGGUGUCGCUGGGCAGCGUGGGCUACCUCAAGUUUGGCGACGCCGUCAAGGGCUCGCUCACCCUCAACCUGGAGCAGACCAGCGUCUUGUGCCAGGUGCUGCGGGUGAGCCUGUGCCUGGGCAUCAUGGGCACCUACCCGCUGCAGGCCUACGUGCCCAUCGAGAUCCUGUGGCCCUCCAUCGAGCGUCGCUUCAGGCCACUGCGCCACCCCGCCCUGGCUGAGCUGGCCCUGCGCGCCUGCGUGGUCCUCUUCACGUUCCUACUGGCGGAGUCCAUCCCGCGCCUCAACCUGUUCAUCUCGCUGGUGGGGGCCUUGUCGUCCAGCGCGCUGGCCUUCGUGUUCCCGCCGCUGCUGGACUGGGCGUGGCGGUGGCACGGCGACCCAAAGCUGUCGCUCCGCACGCACAUCACCAACGCCGUCAUCCUGGCCGUGGGGCUGCUCGUCACGGGCUGGGGCACCUACGCCGCGCUCAAGGACAUCAUCGAGGCCCUGGCCACGGGCAUCGACGACGACAGCAGCUGAGCCAGCGGGUGAUGAACCCGCACGGGUAACACCGCCCGACUCCUUGUCGCGAGUCCCGAAAUCCACGGGUCUUGAUUUAUCGAGUUUGCCGUUCUGCGGGGCUCUCGGAUUUUCAUCGCGAUAAAUUAUGAAUUUCGUCCGGCGCGCCCUGCGCCGUUGGCAACCGUAUGACACACCGGGCCGGGGGUCUUGGCUUGGGGCUUCGGGCAGCUCCAGCGUCUCGGGGUCCCAGACUGCUCGUCGCGCCGUCCGCGGCGCGCUGCCCACUCUAGGCGGUCUAACCGGACGGGUCGGUCGCCGUUCUCAUAAUCACCGCCAAAUAAAAGAAAAACCAAGUGCUCGAUUUUCUCGGACGGUGACAAAAGGCCAAAAGCCGAGGCAAAUUGAUGCCCUCUAUAUUUUUUGUGCUUUACCCGCGGGACCGACCUGGUGAUAGCUGCGCCUCUUUUUCGGCGAAGCGGCACGGCACGGCACGGCACGGCCCAUUACGGAAGUUUUAUGGCUGUCAUUAUUUACUGUGCUUCUAGCAAAAGCCAGCCCAGCGGAAGGUGCCAACUUAAUAUUUAGCGCGAAACACGAUACGUCUCACUGCGAAACGAGUUGCGGUUUUCACAGUGUACCGCACGGGCGUAUCUCCGCGGUCCGACCAGCUCGGGCUUGGGCUCUGGGACCUCGCUCUCAUAAUGACGGUUCACGAUAUUGUGCCAAAUCGUCCGUCUCAUCUCUUUCCCACGGUGACAAUAUUUUUAAGGCUAUCUGCGCGUCGCUCGGGGAGCAGCCUUUCAGUUGCGUAACACACUUCCGAACGGCGUGGUCGUUGGAAGGCUGCUGGAUUUUGUUCUUGUCCUGCCGGCCGCAGAUUACUCCAACUACGAGGCCCGGCCGGCCCGGCCCAAGGUCGCGCCAGAGAGGCUCGCGAGACGAGAGGCAUCAAGACUCGAAGCCGAUCAAACGCCGGUGCUGGAAAAUCUCACCAGUUUUCUGGAAAAACAAAACCGGCCCGUGAUUGCCGCUCCGCGCCGCAGCGCUGCGGCACUUUGGCCGCGCGUCGGCCUGGCGUCUGGCGUCUGGCGGCGGCGGCGAG